UGCGUAUUCACUCUGUCGCAGUGCUCGGCUCGCAAUCCACUCUGCUGAGGGUCGCGCUGGAGCAAUCGGGGCUGCAGGAACAGGGUCUGCUGCUGCUGCUGCUGCUGCUGCUGCUGCUGCUGCUGCUGCUGCUGCAGGGCGGAGCGAGACGGGUCAACACAGGCGGUCGUUUCAGUCAUUGUGCGGCGCUGCUGCGUCACAUCAACCACCUCCAAGUCAUGGCAAGCAAACUCGCGGUCGGAAAGAGAGUGUGCAGUGAAAACACGCAGCAGAGGCACCUCGAGAAAAACUGAUGCUCAUUGUGCGACAUGGAAUUGCUCGUUCCUCGCUGAUCAAACAGAUGAUGCAUACUGGCUCGACAAGCUGACCCCCGAGCAAUUUCGCAUCUGUCGACAGAAGGGCACAGAGCGACCUUUCACUGGCGCGCUCUAUCACAACACCAAGCCUGGUGUCUAUUCCUGUGUUUGCUGCGGGCAGAUGCUCUUUGCGUCGAGCACAAAAUACGAUUCAGGCUCUGGCUGGCCGUCCUUCUUUGACGUGCUCAGCAAGGACGCCGUCAAUCUGAGCGAAGAUGGCGCGUUUGGGAUGCGUCGCAUUGAGGUAGAGUGCAGCUCUUGCGGUUCCCAUCUUGGCCACGUUUUUGAUGAUGGGCCUGCUCCGACAAGACUGCGCUACUGCAUCAACAGCGUCUCGCUCGGAUUCCGGCCCUCGCCUUAA